AUGGACUCAAGCUACCAAUGUGUAGGAGAUGAGGAAGAUCCAGCUCAGCCUUCCAGUCAUGUCUUUGAAUGGGCCCUGUCAGGGAACACAGCAGCCUUGGAGCACCUGGGCAGGCUGUACCCCAAGCAGCUGUCCAUGCGGGAUGUGGGCGGGGCCAGCCCCAUGCACUACGCCACCGUGGGACGGUGCCACCGUGCCAUGCAGCUCAUCGUCAAGGCAGCUGGGGCACAAGAGCUGGAUGCACAGGAUGUUGAAGGCAGCACAUCGCUACACUGGGCUGUGGACCGGAACCUUCUAGAGAGCUGUGAGGCUCUGCUCAGCCUAGGGGCCGACCCCAACAUCCUCAAUGCCGCCCUCAUGUCGCCACUCCACCUGGCCGUCAGCCUGAAACACAACACCCUGCUAAGUGUGCUACUUUCCAACAAGAAAAUAGACAUCAACCUUCAGGGUAACCAUGGAAACACGGCUGUGAUGUUGGCUUGCUCUGUCGACAACUGUGAGGCACUGAGCAUACUGUUCAGGCACGGAGCGGUCAUGUGCCGGCAGAACAAGCUGGGGCAUUUUGCCGUCCACGCAGCUGCCUUCGCUGGGUCACAGAGGGCCAUGGAGGCAAUUCUGAAAAGAGGUGAGGAGAUGGGCCACACGGUGGAGGCGCACAUAAACUACGCAGACAAGUCCUUCAGCAGCCCUCUUCACUUAGCUGUACGCGGAGGAAGCAUUGACGUCAUAAAACUGUGUAUUGCUAAAGGAGCAAAAAUUGAUAAGCAGCAGAGUGACAAAUCCACAGCCCUCCACCUGGCCUGCACACAGGGGGCACUGGAGGUGGUCAAGCUCAUGUUGUCGGCGUACGACAGGGUUGAGGACAUAAUCAACAUCACUGACGGGGCACUGCACACACCCCUGCACAGGGCCACCAUUUUUGAUCACAUGGAGUUGGCAGAGUUCCUCAUUCUGAAGGGCGCAGAUAUCAACUGCAUUGACUGUAAAGGAAACUCCCCCUUGCUUCUGGCUACCAGCUGUCAAGCUUGGAGAACUGUGAACGUUCUACUGUCACAUGGAGCAGAUCUGAAAAUUAAGGACAAUUCUGGCUGCAACUUCUUGCAUUUGGCUGUUUUGCAACCAAAAGGACUGAAAAACCUUUCAGAAGAUAUUCUGCAGCUGGACGAUGUGAAGGCCCUGCUGAGUGAGGAGGAUCAGGAAGGCUGCACCCCCUUGCACUACGCUUGCAGACUCGGCAUCCUGGAUUCUGUCAAAAACAUGUUGGGUCUCAACGUCUCGCUGGGCCACAAGUCCAAAGAGAAGAAGUCUGCACUUCACUUUGCAGCUGAGUACGGACGGAUCAACACGUGCCAAAGGCUCCUGGAGAACAUGACAGACACAAAGCUAUUAAACGAGGGAGAUGAGUGCGGCCUGACACCCCUACACCUGGCUUCUCGUGGCGGGCACAUCAAGGUGGUGCAGCUUCUGCUCAGGAAGGGGGCCUUGUUUCACAGCGAUUAUAAAGGUUGGACCAGCUUGCAUCACGCCGCAGCAGAAGGUUACACGCAGACCAUGACUGUUCUCCUGGGGUCAAAUAUCAAGCUACUGGACAGGGUGGAUGAGGAUGGGAGCACAGCCCUGCAUGUGGCUGCCAGGGGAGGCCAAGCCGGGGCGGUCAAGUUGCUGCUGAAUAUGGGGGCUCAGAUCACACUCAACAAGAGUGACGCUUCCUUCCUGCAUGAAGCAGUGCAUCAUGGGAGAAAGGAGGUGACCAAUGUCACGAUCGAGAACGACAGAUGUGAAGAAGCCCUCACUACGUUUAAGCUGGACUCGGCUAAAGGCUACCCUGUGAUCAGCCUGAUAGAGAACCUUCCAGAGUCUUUCAAGUUCCUUCUAGACACAUGUGUCAAGGAAUCGGAUGAUGACCCCAACAGUCACAAUUAUUCUAUCGAGUAUAAUUUCCAGUGGCUGCAAGCUCCGGUUAAGUUUGUACAGCAAGCCAAACAAGAUAAGGACAGAACAAUUCAGCCGCUUUGGGCACUCAAUACGAUGGUGCACUUUAAUCGCAUAGAACUGCUCACUCAUCCCGUCUGCAAAAAAUAUUUGGAAAUGAAAUGGAAUGCUUAUGGCAUCAAAGCACAUCUACUCAACCUGUCCGUCUACUGCCUCGGUCUGCUGCCACUGUCCUACCUCAUUGUGACCAUGAAGCCCACUUACCAAACAUCACCCACUGCAAAUGGAACCAACAUCACCAUGACCUUUAACUCGGACAAGCCUAUCUUUGCCACCAUCUGCAUGUUCCUGGUCCUGGUCAUGAACCUGUACAUAGUCGGCAAGGGGGUGAUACAGAUAAGUCGACAGCAUUGCAAAUUCUUCCAAGAGAUCUGCAAUAGCCUUGACUGGCAAUCUGCCAUCUCCUCCCUAGUCUUUGUGAUUGCUCUUCUUCUGAACAGCCAAGGGACGUUCCACUGGAGAGCAGGGGCUUGGGGAGUCCUCGCAUCCUGGAUCAACUUCCUGCUCUACUUGCAGAGAUUUGAACAUUUUGGAAUCUAUGUGGUGAUGUUCAGAGAGAUCAUGUGCACCUUCAUCAGCAUCAUCAUCCUCUUCUUCUUCCUGAUGCUCGCCUUCGCCCUUGCAUUUUAUGCCCUCAUGGUUGGACAGAAAUAUUUUAACAGGCUGGAGCUCUCCGUGAUGCAGACCUUCGUCAUGAUGGCUGGGGAAAUAAACUACCAGGACAACUUCCUCGAGCCAUACCUCAAGGGCAACCUGCCCUUCCCCUACGAUUCCUACAUUCUCUUCGUCUGGUUUCUGCUCAUGGUGCCCAUCCUGCUCAUGAAUCUACUAAUUGGUCUGGCCGUUGGGGACAUUGCAGAGGUACAGAAGGAUGCUGUUCUGAAGCGCAUAGCUAUGCAGAUUGACCUUCACACCAAUCUGGAGGAGAAAAUGCCACACUGGUUCAUGAGACGUGUCGACAAGGACUCGAUCGUAGUCUAUCCAAACAGAUCAUGCAAAAGCAAAGCUUUCUGGUUGUGGGGGAAAUACAGUGAGGCCCAUAGUCCUCUGAGCAUAUCCCGCUGUCAGCUAAACCCCGUGGAACAGGAGUUAAAUAAGCAGAAGAACAGGCUAAAGCAAAUGUCACGGGUGUUGGAGAAUCAGCACAGCCUUCUAAAGCUGAUCAUCCAGAAAAUGGAGAUCGUCUUGGAGGCUGAAGAAUCAGAUGGACCGCAGCAGUUCCGUGAUGUGCCCGCUAAGAAUAAAGUUUGUAAAUCUAGACGGUGGGGGCCGGUGCUGAAGGCUGUGAUGAAAAGAAAUGACGUCGCACACGCGGAGCGUGCAACGAAUCGGAUGUGACAUCACAAGGCAGGGAUCACAAGAGUGUGGAAGUGAUACAGUAAAACACAUCCAUACGUAUUUAAAUUGGAGAAUGUUAUGUUUACGAAUACGGUGUUGUAAUUUUAAUUUUAACGUGAAACUUCAUGUCAGUGCAAGUAAUAUGUUUGGUCUUGGUGUCACAGUCGUUCAUCGUUUCUGUAAUCUCAUGCACCUUUCUCAGUUGUGAUACAAAUAAAUGCAAUGGAGAUCUCCAAAACGAGUUGUGUUUAUU